GCGGAGAAAGAGGAGUGGUACACGGCCUUCGUGAACAUCCCCUACGCGGGGCCGGCGGCCGGCAGCCUGGAGCUGCGCAGCGAGAAGAGCGAGUGCGGGCGCUACGGGGAGCACUCGCCCAAGCAGGAUGCCCGGGGCCAGGUGGUGAUGACCGUCUCCGCCCACGACCGCCUGGCCUGCGACCCCCACACCCGCUUCGCCGCCCCGGGCCAGGGCAAGAGCUGGGUGGCGCUGAUCCCCAAGGGCAACUGCACGUACAGGGAUAAGAUCCGGCACGCCGCCGCCCAGAACGCCUCGGCCGUGGUCAUCUUCAACCUGGGCUCCAGCAACGCCAACGAGACCAUCACCAUGCCGCAUGCAGGUGUAGAAGAUGUUGUAGCAAUAAUGAUUCCUGAGCCUAAAGGAAAAGAGAUAGUGAGUCUACUGGAGAGGAAUGUCACUGUGAUGAUGUAUAUAACAAUUGGAACACGCAACUUGCAGAAAUACGUCAGCCGUACCUCAGUGGUAUUCGUCUCCAUCUCUUUCAUCGUGUUGAUGAUCAUCUCACUGGCAUGGCUGGUCUUCUAUUAUAUCCAGAGAUUCCGAUAUGCAAAUGCCAGAGACAGAAAUCAGCGCCGUCUUGGAGAUGCUGCAAAGAAAGCAAUCAGCAAGCUGCAGGUCAGAACAAUCAGGAAAGGUGACAAGGAAACUGAGCCUGAUUUUGAUAACUGUGCAGUUUGUAUUGAAGGUUACAAGCCCAAUGAUGUUGUCAGGAUCUUGCCAUGCCGGCAUCUUUUUCAUAAAUCUUGUGUAGACCCGUGGCUGCUAGACCAUCGCACCUGUCCAAUGUGUAAAAUGAACAUUCUAAAAGCUCUAGGGAUUCCGCCAAAUGCAGAUUGCAUAGAUGAUAUACCUCCAGAUUUUGAAGCUUCCAUAGGAGGACCGCCAACUAAUCAGAUUACAGGAGCUAGUGAUAUAACGGUGAAUGAAAGCUCUGUAGCUCUGGAUCCUCCUGUCCGGACUGUGGGAGUACUACAAGUGAUACAGGAUGCAGAUCCUCUUCCCCAGGUUGGGGAAGGUAACUUCACAACAAGCAGUGAACAGGAGCCAGCAGUCAGCAGUGAUUCUGAUAUAUCAUUGAUUAUGGCAAUGGAGGUGGGACUAUCUGAUGUGGAGCUUUCCACUGAUCAAGACUGCGAAGAGGUGAAAUCCUGAAAAACAAGCAGAAAACCCCCACUAAACUAAAGGGUAGGCAUGAGGGGCAGGGACAUGCACACAUACACACUCACUCACUCACUCACACUCACAAAAGCAAUAGCAACAGUUGUGUCUACCUGGAUGCAGUUUCAUCAUCUACAUGUGUCUGUUUUGUUCACGUGGAAAAUGAAAGCUUAUUGUUUUCCCACAUGCUUAAAAGCAAUCCUGUACCUCUUCAGUGGCUCAUAAGUGUGCAACUGAAAUGACAGCUUGAGUGUUUUCUGCUCUUGUUCAUUAUUUUUAAAGAAGAUUAUGUUUAUUUAUGGUUGAUUAUCAAUGGACACUUUUCUUUUCAUUGACUGACCCCAGCUUUUCCAAGAGUUCAGUCUGGAAUUCCCGUUCUCUGAUCAUUUCAUGAUCUGUCUCCAGGAUUUCUUAUUGCCUUGACAUUUUUGCAUGAAAUAUGCAUGGCUUUAUAAAGAAAUAGUGUUUCAGCACUCUGUGUUAAUAUGAACCCUAUUUUCUUUAAGAUUUUGAAACCUUUAAAAGUGGGUCUUGGAGAUUAUAUCUUCAAGAGGCCUUUGCCUAUGUAAAUUGAAGCCCUUGAUUAACUGACAUUUGGUGACUUGUUUAAAACUGCAUUAAGUUGGCUUCCACUGACAGAGCUCAAUUAAAUUCACAGGGAGUACAAUAUGUAAAAGAAAAAAAUAAUGGCAUUAAGAUUCAUCCUAUUCUUGCUAUAUUUUCUCUCAUUAACAGACUGCGUACAUUAAUGGCCUUCCUUGUUACUUCCCUGUUUACUAGCUGGAAAACAGGAUCUAGUUUUAAAUUGGGUACUUCCUUAAAUUUAAAAAGAAAAAUCAGCAGACCAGUAAGUGACUGAGCAGUUUCAAGAAAAUGCUUGGUAAUCCCCAUGUAGGUAUUUGUGGUUGAUGGAAAUAUUUUUAGAAAAGGCCUGAACUGCAAAGACAACUAACAUGUCAGUUUCCAGACUAAAAAGUUAAGCCGAGUACAGCUGGACAAAUUAUUUACCUUUAUAUCUUUAAGUGCAGUUUUUGCACAUCAUUGUUAGCAAACACAAAGAGUUAGGUGAUUCCUCAGUUCGCUACCUUCUAGAGACUUCUGAAUGUGGCAAUACAAUGAUUGAGAUAAGAUAUGGUAAAUUUGAACCUGAAAAACAUUGCAGGAGAAGAAUUCACUGUUUUUUCUGUUUGACAGAUUAAAAAUUAAGGCAUCAUAUGAAUACCAAAAUCUAAGUCUUGAACUAUUACUAGCCUGUGUUCUAUAACUUACAGAUAUGUUCUGCUUUGUUGCUACUUUAUUCAGGGGGCAAUUUUAUGUUUCAGUCAAAAUAUUCAAGUGCAAAGGAUGACUUACAGCUUUGUGUUAGUGAACAUUUUCUUUUGACAGAACAUUUAAAUUGCAUUACCCUCUCUUGGACCGGUCAAUAUAAGCAAUAGCACACAGAAAGGAAAACUAUUUUCACCUAAUUAUAGUAUAGCAGAAUUUCAGAAUGUCACCGUGUUCUUUCAGGAUUGCUAUUUUAAUCUUUUCAGGCAUUUAUAUUUUAACGUUUAAAAUGUACCCCCUGCGGAAACAUGACACAUGACAUCUUGCAGUAGGAGAAAUUUGCUUACAAAUAUUUUUUUUUAAAAAGCUAGUUCAUUCUUUCUUAAAUUACAGGAUGGGGCAGGUCAGAAAAAAGAGAGUUUGCUGGACUCUUUUAGUCCGGUUAUGACUCUCAGAAUUCUUGUUGUAGAUGAAAUUUUGAGUAUUCUUAGUCCAUAAAAAUGAAUAAGAAGCGUUCAGCGAAAUAGCCCAACUAAUGAGGAUUCAAAACUGUACAUAUACCAUUAACUUUUUAUAAAUCAUUUUUAAAAUAUAUCUUUUUGUUUUACCAUAUGGACAUAGUCAAUUGGAAAUAUAUUCAGUUUGAAAAGCAAGCUAAAGAUAUUGUCAGACUCUUUACCUGUUUUAGGUCACCAUUGCCAAUAUUGGUGGUUUUAUAAAAUCAGUUAUUUUUACUUUUUUUGUUGUCUGUUGCUCUGUCUGUGAAAGAUCCACACUAACCUCAGGGGAAUGUGACUGAAGUAUAUUCCUUGGCACAAAGUGCCACAUAAGCCCCAGAUAAGCCUAAAAAUAAUGCUGAAAUGGGAUUUAAGUGGUGCAGGGGCUAUCUACCUAGGGAUGAACUUCACUAAAAUUGGCUUCAUAGAGGAAAUAAGAAGGAAACUGAUUAUACACAAAAGUGCUCUCAAUACCCAAAGUAAACAAACUGAUAAGACAAGAGGAGAAAAAGCACUAAUCUCUCUGAGUUAGUCAUCCUAGGUGUUACUUAGAUCAAGAAUUAGUUAAAAGGAUGUUCCAGCAGAAACAUGAUUUUUAAGGUUAACUGUGACCUUUUAACAUCAACAUAUUUGCAGACUAUGAAUAGAGAGAGCAAUUAGAAUCAUUGUUGAAACUAGAGCAUGGAUUGCAGUGGAGUUCACUCAAUGCAUUUAUUUUAUUACGCAACUUUUGAUAAACUAAUGUCAAAGGUGAGUGUUACCAGUUAUCUGUAGCCAUCUCAUAUUGGGAUGAUCCCAACAGCAAGGCAGGGAGGGUCACUACUUCAGUGCAAGAUUAAAGAAAACUCAUGCUGCAGCAGGAUAUUCACCUGUUAGUCAGUAUUAAAUCACUUCCCAGCAAAUAGUGUUAGAGCAGUGUUUCUCAAACUGUGCUCCGCGGAGCCCCAGGGCUCCACGAGACAUCUCCAGGGGCUCCGCAAGGUUGACAAACUGGAAACAUCGAUAGAUACAACACAUGCAAUCAGUGGACCGCUGGGGCUCCGCAUACAUUUUUAUGCAUGUAAAGGGCUCCAAAGCCCGAAAAGUUUGAGAACCGUUACGUUAGAGGCAACUGUGCUCAAGGACGUGCCAUCUUUCAGGUCAGACAUAAAACUGAGGCCUUGACACCUUCUGGUCAUUUUCACAAGUGUUGUGGAAUCCUGGCCAAAUUGCAGUGUACGGGGGGGGGGAGGGGUCUUAGUUUUUAAUUCCCAAAUUCUACCUGCAGUUUCACUUAGCAAAAAUACCAUUCCGUUUCUCUCCCAGGCUGCUUUGUUGUUGUGUGCACUGUUCUAAACUUGCCAGACCAGUUACACUUCACUAACGCACCAGUUCAGGCAGGCCCUUAAGCACAUGCUUAAAUCAGUCCCUAUUUAGGAAAGCGUUUAAGCACAUGAUUAAUUUUAGGAAUAUAUUCAAAUCCCUUUGAUUUAGUUGGGACUUUAGGCAUAUGUUUAAAGCGAAGCACAUGUGAAUGGAGAUGCUUUCCUAAAUCAGGAUCUGAUUGAUAAAGUGUUCUUUGUAUUUUAAAUUUGUCAAGCACCUUGCAAAGCUUUGACUGAAAGAUCAUUGUUAAAUUAUUAAACCCACAAAAUUAGAGAAGUUGGUGCUAAGCCUGAGACUGCAUAACUUACCAUACUGUGUAGAAGUAUCUUGUAACACUUCUAGGCCCUAAUCCUACAAAUAUUUAUAGAGAUAAUUAACUUUACUCUUGGGAAUAGCCCCACUGGCUUCAGUGAGGCUACUCGUCUGAAUGUACAUAAAUAUGUGCAGGAUUGGGGAAUGUAAUGCAGGAUUAACCCCUGCUUAUACCUCCCUGUUCUUCCUACAUACUAUUAUAUUUAAUAUUGGGGUUCAAUAUUAAAGGCUUAGUCCAACAUUGAAUAUUCAUUGAUUUCUGGGCCUCAGAUGCUGACUGAGCAGCCUACCUCCUAUCCAGAAAACAAAUCGGCCUGCUCUAGGGAAGUGGAGCGUUCUUGGGAAAUAAUCCUUCUCCCUUGGAUUGUAAUGCUCUAUCUACUGUCUAUUUCUCUUCACCACCAGCAUUAUUACUGCAAAGCACAUGGAAGUUACUAGCUACUCUUUGGGGUAGAGUAAUCUUAUUCAGUGUCACUGGCUGGGGAGACAUCUCAGUACUGUAAAGGAAUGUCUACAGUAGAUAUGCUGCAACUUCACUGCUGCAACUGUGCCAUGCCACAUAGACACUCACUACAGCAGUGGAAGGGGUUCUUCCAUUGUAAUAGUUAAUCCACCACCCUGGGAGGCAAUAGCUAUUUUGAUGAAAGAGUUCUUCCACCAAGGCCAGGUCUACACUAGACCUGGAAACUCAGUUUAGGGUAUGCAACUCUAGCUACGUAGAAUAUAUAACUGGAGUCAGUUUACCUUAAGCCAAGCUUGGCGGCAUCCCCACAGCCAGAGGCUGAUAAGAGCAAAUGUCCAUUAACUCGCCCUCUGAGUUUGAUUUAGUGAGUCUUAACUAGACUUGCUAAAUCGGACUCCAGAAGAUCGAUUAUGGCAGUGGGGAUCACCCAUGGAGUGAAGACAAGCCCCAACCUAGUACUGUCUACACUGAGGCUUAGAUUGGCGUAACUACAUUUUUCACACUGCUAAGACAACCUAAAUUUUAAAUGUAGACCGGGACAAAGAAAAGAAAGUCCCUUUGUGGGAAGAGAAUCCUCUUGCUUCUCCCCUCUUUUGCUGUUCUUUUAAUCCAUGUGAGUGUUUCUCUGAUUUCCCAUUCACAGUAUUGGUGACUGGUGGGAAAUCUUCAUCUUCUCCCUGGGAUGAAUUUCACACUGAAGAACAUCCUAAAUACAACUCUUUAAAAUGGCUUCCCAUUACUAAGCUUGCUCAGUAUUCUGCAGGUCCAUUCUCAAAAGCCAUUGAGCUGUUCAGAGACUGUGACUUCACCUCGAGAGAAGGGCUAGGCUUGGACUGCCAUGUAAUGCAGAGAUUGUUAUGGAAAGGGAGGUUUCUCCUUUGCAGCUGUCCAACUUAGGAAGCCUGACAACUUUUCAGGGACUAGCAGUUGAUGAUGUGAACUUGAGCGGACAGAACCCAUACUGUGAAUGUCUCAUAGUUUUUGUGGGUUUAAUUAAGCUACAUUCCAAAAGACCAGCUGAGUGCAUGAACCAUGUAAAAUGUACAUGGACAAAACUCUACACUUGGAAAAAAAUGCACUCACUGAUUACCCAGUUUACAAAUGCUUGUUUGUGAUCACAGCUAUGGGACUUGUCCCAUGUGCCAGCUGUGCAUCUAUUCUUCCUGACUCACCUAGUCUGAAAAAUUGGCAUUAAAUAUUAUGGGGUUUUAUUCUGAUUUAUGGAAGUUUUAGAACAUGGGGGAAGACUGGGGCUAUCAGGUGAAUUAUUUGUAGUCAGAACAAAUUGAUAUUCAUCUCUCUGGCCUCUAUAAUAUUUAAUUAACAUGGGUAUGUACACAGAAAAUUAUACAAUUUAUAAGAAUGAAUUUUAACAAAAACAGAGGGAGAAAGGAAUUUUACUCAGUUUUUACUCAGUUUUUUACUUCGAGAUAGACAAAAUAAAGCUAGUUUAAUAGCUUUUAAAAUGUUUAAUAGUUUAAUUGAAAACUGUUUAAUUCAUAUGUGGGACAAGCCAGGAGGAGAGCUUGAUUCCUAUCAACAAGGUGCUAGCAGUAUUAACAAGUGGACAUAGGUCCUUUAUAGGAAGUUUUCCACAGACUUCAGAGAGGUAUGGAUCUGGCCCACAGGAAGCAGUUGUAAAAGUUUGGUGUUUUAAUAGGAACUUGUUACAUGAAUACUUAGUGCUACAUUCUAAUUUCUGCUGGAGAUGAGCCUAAGUAACAGACUUUAAAGCAAGAUCAGAAUUUGAACCAUCCCACAAUUUGAGGGUGUCAAGAGCCAAGAUUUGGUUUAGGGCCAUCUCAAAUUUCUGUUAUAUCCUUCCCUUCUUCUGAAUCAAAACCAUGUUGUCUAAUUAUGAAUUCUUCAAUUAUUCAGACAGCUGAAUUGCCCCAACAGGCAUUUGCAGACUGCUUUACAAAUGUAUGUGCCCUUAAUUAGCAAACAUCAGCUACUGAUUUUCCAGAAUAUGGAUUUUAUUUGCAGUUCCUGUUAAAGGUAGAAACCUUAGAGUGCAGUAAUUUCUCUGUAUAGAUUUUCAGACAUACAAUCCUAUGAAUUUUCUCUAAUUAAUGUAUGUUGCAUUACUACUUCCAGGAAAAUCUGUGAUUAAAAGGCAAUGAUCAAGGCCCAGGUUUUUAUAUUUUACAGGAUGCAAAUUAUGGUCGUGACAAUUGGUCAGUGUUAAUGCAUGUAAAGCAAAGGCAAAUACAUUUAAUCUCAGCAGUUGUGAAUUGCCCAGUUUUUAUUUAUAGAUGCUUUGUUCCUAACCAGUAACUGUCCCUAUGAAAGUUUAGGGCUAAGCAAAUAAGUCAAAGUGAGCUAAGAAUAUGGCCAUGUGGUCUGGGCACAUAAGGGUAGGCACUACCAAAUGGUCACUUACAGAUUUUUAUUUCUCUUUGAUUGGUAUUGUUUCCUUCUCUUCACCCCCAUAGGGAUGUUUUUUGUAGGUACGUGUGAAAGAGGAGGUUUCAAGUCUGAUAGAAAUACAUAAGGAAUGCCAUAUCAUCAUGAGUAUAUACUAUAUCUAAGUUGAUCUGACUUUACAAAUCGAUGAUAUAGUACAGAUUUGCAUCAUCCCUUAACUGUAUUUUGGCCCUUAAACCAGCCCACAGAGAAUCACUCCAGGGUAUGAGUGAUCUUCCAGAGUCACCCAGUUGCUAUAUGGACUCUUAGCCCAUCCUACUCUCUGUUUUCUGUGUUGCAGAGGGAAGGGGAUGUGGCUAGGACACCAAUCCUCUGUUGCAUUUUUGGCCCUGGUGGACAUUGCCAACAUAACUCAGAGCAGUCAGUAGGUUGCUCUUACUCAUCACAAGAGCACUGAUCUUCUCAGAAGAGCAACAAAAAUCACAAGUGAAAAUGUGAGCUGUAUGCCAACUUUGUAUAGCACCUCUGAUUUGUGCUUUAUGAAGUUUACCCUCACCCCUGGGUCUGGCCUAUAGUGCAUAUAGGGCCUAAUUUACACUACUCGGGUAACAAAAGAGGCCUCAGUGUAAACAAGAAAAAAUCUUCUUUAUCUAGAAUAUAAUGAAGUUUAGAUUAUUAGUAAAAGCUAGUGUCUUUGUUCUUUGAGGGUUUCAGGAUACCUAACCACUUUUGAUGGUAAUGAGGCCAGCUGUCCAACAGCUGUAUUGUUAUUAAGGAAAACUGAGCAUUGAUUAAUUUAUUUAAUAGAGCCAAAGAGUUUAAGCAUAUAUUGAUCAAUUAGUAUCAAAGAAUGUAAUUGGUUUGCUUAGAGUAAUAAUUUAAAUAAUAUAGUGAAAUAUUUUGUAUGAGAUAGGAAGGACAGAGUGACAGUUACUUUAGUGAACUUUUUUUCUAAUAGCACUUGAUUCAACACAACCAGUGGGGUUUUUUAUGUGAGCACGCUGUUGCCUGAACUAAUUGAUUCUUUUGCAGUUGAAAAAAGAACACCAGAUGGACUUUUUAGUCUGGAGUUUGUUCAUGUACCAGAUGGUACUUAUUGAUUGAUUGAAGUGGAUCAUUAGGGAGAAGAGUGCCCUCUGCAGCACAGUUUCUAAUCUGCCAAAUAGAGUUUUCAAAUAAUACUCAUUACAACCCAUACCAAUUCUUCAGCAACUUGGAAUUUUUGUCCCCAAUAAAAACACUAGUUCCUCAGCAACUGAAAAUAAGGUCUAUAUUUUAAAAUACAAUGAGAUUUAACUGAAAAGACAGCGAAAGAACUUUUCACAUGAGGGGGAAAAACGCUGAGUUUCUUAAAUGUGGUCUUUGUGAUUUGGUUGAGUGAAUGCAGAAAAAAAGAAAGAAAGAAAAAACAUUUUUUGGUUACCUGAUUUUUAAAAGGGCAUCAAAAUCAACAUACCACUUUGCUAUGAAUGUAUAAGGUUAUUGCAGUUGUGAAAUAUCAAAGUUGUUUUGUAUGUGUACAUAUUCCAUCCUUACUUCUUGUUUUAUGUUAGUUACCUGAAAUGGCUGUACCAUUUUAUAAUUAGAAAUGUAAAGAGGGGACAGGGUUUGGGAGGGAUUGUUAUUUUUUUAGCAAGAUAUUCCUUGUAUUUAGUGAACAUUGAAAAUGAUUUUGUACUUGUCAAAUAUACAUUCCAUCCAUUUCCAGAAAAUACAUAUUUUUAUUUAAAAUAGUUUUUAAACAAAAACAAAAAAUGUGGCAUCCGGUUCAUAAAGAGAGCAAAAAUAUUCUGGUUUCCGGUGAUGGCUCCACCGUUUUACCUAAUGAUGUAUCGUCCAGCAGAUUGCAGACCAGUACCAGCAAAUGCCAAUAAAAAAAUAAAAGGAAAAAAUGAAAUAUUUAACUCCUUGGGUGUAUUUUAUUUUAUGUUUCAGAGAAAGACCUGCAUAUCUUACUGAAAUUAGUUCGUUAGAAACUAGUGUAUUAGAAUAGUGAAAUAUUAACAGAGUAUAAAUCUGCUUCACAUACCUUUCUAAGGGCUGAAGUGGAGGCUGUUGUUCUUACAUGCAAAAUGUAUGUUUUGUUUUGCUGAAGGCUUGUUAUAAUUAAGAUGUAUUUUACAGUGAGGCUCCUUAGCUGGCUUUACAAACUGUUUCUGCAGAGCUCUCAAUGUGUAUUGUUUUGACAAUGAAAAUUACUCUUCACCUCCACAUUAAGAUAAUUUUCUGUCAUCCAAACAACCUCUCUUUGAUAUGUGAAACAUCUAACAAAAAACAUGAAGAAAUUACAUGGUGGUAUUUGCAUAGACAGUUUUUAAUUAAGCAUUCUUUACUAUCUGUGAAUUGUCUGCCUAAACAAUGCAGUAGUGGUUUGUGAAGCAAGACUCUUUUCUUAGCAUUAUUUUCUGUACAAUAUUGCAAACGUAUUUCAAUUGGUAGUUAAGUCUUUGCUCUUAUUUUAUUAUGCAUACGCCUCCCCCUUCAAUGCACUUUAUAUCUCUUGAAAAAUAUGGGAGUCAGAGAACUAUCAUCUUUAAAGGGAGUUGCCUGAAGUCAGUCAAGAGGCACAAACUUUUAUUUUGCUUUAGUAUAUACUGUAAAUGCUUAAGAGCAUAAACAGUUGCUCAGCUGGGAAAAAUGCAAAAUUGUAAGGCUGAUAUUUGGAAACAUUAUUCAGUAGUAUCACCUGGCUAUUUUUGUGAGAGGGUUACAAUGUAAAUAUGUGAGACUGUGUUAUGUACUAGUAAAAUAUUGCAGCUAUAAAAGUUUAAAUAUUGUGAAUACUAAGAAAUUUUAUUGCAAGAUUUUGUAAUAAAAAUUGAUCUGA